AUGCCGUUCCUAGGCUCUGCUGCGAGACACACACUUAAGUUGAAUCGAUUAUUCUCCAGUUCUCGGAUCUAUAAUGAAUUGACUCCAUUCACUCGUCGGCUCUUCAAGCUACCCUCCCCUCCAUCAUCGCUCUCGCAACACAAUGACAUGACCAACUUUCUCUCCUAUGCAAAGCACAUAUCUCUCUCAGAAACAAGCACCGUAUACGUCGGUACACAUUACGAAUACACCGUGCAGGAAACCCUCCGACGCUAUGCGCUGAGUCUCAAUCGAAUUGGUGGACGCGACGAUGCAGGCAUCGAUCUCGUUGGCACCUGGCACUUACCCGAGCGAGAGCGGGAGCGGGCCCUACGCGUAAUAGUACAGUGCAAAGCCCUCAAGACAAAAGUUGGGCCCAACAUCGUCCGCGAGCUGGAAGGAUCCUUGCGCCAGGCGCCUGUAGGGUGGCGCACGGGACAGACUGUCGGCGUGUUGGUGAGUCCCCGCGAGGCAACGAAGGGUGUUCGCGACACGCUAGCGCGCAGUGCAUAUCCCAUUUUUUGGAUGAUGAUUGAGCGGGAUGGCAGUUUGAAACAGGCUUUGUGGAACUCGCGCGCAGAAGAGCUUGGCAUUGGGCCUUUAGGCGUGGAAACCCGGUAUGGGACUGCUGAGCUCGGCUCGGUUACCAAGCAGAUUGCGCUUACCUGGGAUGGAUGUGAUAUACCUAGUAUGGACCAGGUGGAGCAUGGUUUGGCCGAAUUCGAGGAGCAAUGGGUUGCAUCUUGGGGCUUGGAGUCUCAGUGUGACAAAGAGCGAUUGCUCGAUACAGUGGAGAGUGUGCUCCCGGGCGAUAUUUCAUCCCGAAUGUUACAGGAGCCUUUAGCAGAUGCGGACCGCGCAAAGGUCGUUCAAGCUCUGCGUGAACAGCAAUAG